UCAUCUGAUUGGUCCGCAGCGUCAGAAGGAGAAAGAGGGUGAGGGGGGGGAGGAGCUGCCACGUCCUCAGAGCAGAAACAGACAGAACUGCAGCAGCCGGUCCAAACCCGUCAGGGUUCGGUACCGGUCCAAAACCGUCUGAGGUUCAGCAGCGGGUCAGAUGGGUUUCAGUGGUACAGCAUGGUUCUGGUUCUGGUUUAUUGGGUCUCUUGGUUCUACAGAAACCAGCUGCUGGUUCCUUGAAAAUGUUCUGGGUUCAUCUGGGCCGAUCGGUUCCCACAGGCCCAGAUAACCAGAACCUUCUCCUAGAACUCUAAAUUGAAGCGGGUUCUGGACCGGGCCAAACAGGUUCUGGAUGGACCUCUCUCCAGAAGGUCAAAGGUCACGCUGUGGGUGCCAUGAUGUCACUCAUGUUAAAGCUCCAGAAGGAUUUUAACGGAUCAGAACCAGUAAGGUGUUAGAGAGGUCCAGAUCAGAACCGAAGCAGAACCAGAUCAGAUGAAACCAAAUAUUUCAGAACCAAACGGUUCUGAUCAUCUCAGGUUGUUUCUAAUCUGAUAACAGAAACUAAUUUCUGCCUCACUUGGUUCUGGUUCUGGUAAGACCGGGUCAGCGGUCCGGUCCGGUCGGAAAUUGUUCCGACCGGACCAGAACCUGAACUAUAUUACAGGAUCAGUUAGAGCUUCCUGGGCUGAAACCAGAACCGUUUAUCUGUUCUUGAUAAACAUGGGACCAGAACAGAACCGGUUCUGAUCCGUUCUGCUGGUUCUGACCCGGUAUAAUAUAGCAUCUCGAUACCGAAACACGUGGAGAAUUCAUUUGGUUUAAUAAUCUGUUGCAGAACCGGCAGACUGAAUUCGGACCUGGAACAAUCUGUACGGGUUUCAAGUUCUGACCCGAUUGAAGGGAAAAAUGUAUCAUUUCAGGAGCAACUCAGAAAAAAACCUGAUUUAUAAACCUGGAGGGAAACGGGUCGAGGCAAAAGGUUCCGGAGUGGUUCCGACAAAGAUCCAUAAUUCAGCUUGUUAACCUGUUUAGAUGGUGUGCUGGUUCUGGUUAUCAGGUGGAACCAGAUCCUGGUUCUGUUGGACCAGCGGAGCCUGUCAACUGUAGUUUGAAUCCAUGUCAGACAAAUAUACCGGCCCGGUUCUGGUUCUGGUUCUGGCCAGAACCAGGAUCUGGUUUGGGCUCUGAGUUUCUCCACAGCGGUUCCUUUAGUUUUCUGAGCUCUAACGACAGGAACAUUCCUCCACGGAGACGUUUUCCCUCCUCAGAACUUUGGUUGUGAUCGGGUCAGUCUCCUUCAGAACCCGAGGACGGACUGGGAGACUCGGAACCUGAAGGGAAACACUGCAGCUCCGCCAGUCAUUGGACAGUUUCGUGUUUGAACCGACCAUUCAGCAGCAGGCAGUCCGGCGGUGUUUCUGCUCCGGGUGGAAACAUCAGUGGAAUGUUUGAAUCAGAUGUGAGUGGCAGCAAAAGCAGAUGGUUCUGUGCUGAUUAGGUGAGGAAGCAGCAGGGAACCGUCGGCCAUGUUGAGAGUGGGGUGCAUCCUCCGUGGAGGUGGUGGCGUCCUGCUGUGUCUCCAUCGGACAGCCCAGUACCGGUAUCCGAGUGGACCUGAGCGGGUUCUGACCCGGUCCCUGUCCCGGACUCCGGACUCGUCUCGGGUCGCGCUGAAGCUGCGGACCCGGUUGGGGGUGACGUUGCUGGUCGGGGUGGCGUUGCUGGGCGCGUGGUGGUGGGUGGAGCAGGAGAGGCAGCAACGGCGGCGGCGGCAGCGAGUGGAGCAGCUCCGGACGGUGGCUCUGGGUCAGGGGACGUUCAGCCUGCUGGACCACACGGGCCGCCGCCGGACCAAGCAGGACUUCCUGGGCCGCUGGGUCCUCCUGUACUUCGGCUUCACACACUGCCCCGACAUCUGCCCCGACGAGCUGGACAAGCUGAGCGCCGUGGUGUCGGCUCUGGACCGGGACCCGGCCCUGCCGCGCCUGCAGCCGCUCUUCAUAACUGUGGACCCGGAGCGGGACGACGUGGCAGCGCUGGCCCGCUACGUCCGGGAUUUCCACCCGCGGCUGGUCGGGCUAACCGGCACACCGGAAGAGGUGCGUCACGCGGGGCGGGACUUCCGGGUGUACGCCAGCGCGGGGCCGAAGGACGAGGACGGGGACUACAUAGUGGAUCACAGCGUGCUGCUGUACCUGGUUAGUCCGGACGGGCUCUUUCUGGACUACUACAACCGAACCAAGAGCCCGGAGCAGAUCGCCGACAGCAUCCGGAACCACAUCCGGAACCACGUCCCGCUAGAGAAACAGGAGCCGUCCUGUGUGAUGGGGAGCAGCCGGUCCAGCUGGACCAUCAGAACCGAGCCCAUCAGCUGGAGUCCGCCAGCGUCUUGAAGCGGUCCGUGGCUCGCUGCGUGCUCAGCAGCGUUAAAGACAUGGAGUCCACGCUGUCCUCCAGGCCCGCAGCACUGUCCACCUCCACCGAGUAGUCGUUGGCCUGCAGGGGGCGAAACACCCAGGGUUAAAGGUCAACUCGCCCCCAUGAGAGCCUAACCACAGCACAGCGGGGGCACUGCUGCCAACAUCAAAGAUGAAACAUUUUACUGUGACCUCUGACCUGCCACUGCUAACAAAACCUGUUGCUAUGGCAAAGUCACUUUAUCCUCCUGGAAACAAAUUUAUUUACAUUGUGGAUCUGAACAAUAAAUC